UUACCCAAAUCCAUAAGCCCCCAAGAUCAGCGUACUGCGGUGGAAAGUACCGAAGGCGCGACUCACCCCGCUAAUUCCGCCUGGAGAGUGAGGGCAUACAUUGCCGUGAUGAAUCUGGGGCUUUCUGGGACCCUGUAAAGAAGUUGAAACCUGAGCUGAAUAUAGAGAGCCAACGGGACUGAAGUGCCGCUUGCAGUUUGAGCUUGAAGCUUGACAAGAGGAUGUAGCCCAGCUCCGUCGAUCACGAUGGCGGGGCAGCGAGCUCUGGACCAGAUGCUUGGUAUUUCCCGCACGAACAUCACGCUCAGAUCCGCCAAGCUCAAUUGCUCGCUCAAUUGGUCCAGACGUCAACCAUACAACUUCAUCAGGCAAUCACCUCGAACUCCCCAACGCUCGCCGAGCGCGCAGAUACAAGUCUUGCCGCGUCAACUCGGCCGAUAUGCUCCGGCAAUGCCGAGGCCCUGGUUAAUGGCAGCCGGACUGCGGGCCUGCCACUACAGGGCGACACUGCGGACGACCACCCGCAACAGCUUUGCCUGCAGAUCCACGCCAAACAGUACUCCGAUCCACCAACGGCGCCGCAAAGUCCUGGCCAGCGAUGUCUUUACGGCAUGCUACUCGGCCAUCAUGGCUACAGCUGCCGUCCUUGACGCCCGCCAGAAGGACCGACGCAGACGUGUGCUCGACGCCCAGAUAGACGAGGCCAGGAGCAAACUUGCCGUGCUGCUGGAGCAAUCCCAUGCCCGAGACCUAGCUCAGAUUGUCAAGUCCCCUCCCCCGUCUUUCUAUGACGGCUCGCUGGAGGCACUCGACGUCUUGAAAUACAUUUGCAACAUUCGACCGGAAUUUUUGCUCGAGGUGGAGCCGAAGCAUCAGAGCAGGGCCAGAGCUCUCAAGCGAUUACGCAUGGAUCUGGGCAUAUCAUGGGAUGUUAGAGAAACCGUUGGGACCUCGACGCUGGUAAAGUGCGAGGAGAUCUUGGCCUUGGAGAAGACCAACCCCAAUGUCCCCCGUCGUGAACCGAGGACGGAGAGGCAGAUGGCCAAAACUACCGACAUGAUCAACCAUCUAGUGGACUUGCUCUUGACCGAGGCGUACUGGCAGUCGGAAGCAGAGGCCCCCAAUUCGCAUCCUUCCUUGGACAGCCCAGACUCGGCUCGAACGAUGAUCCGUCUGCUACGAUCAGAGGGCUAUCCCCGCUACAACCACCCUGACGUGGACUUGAACGAGACGGCCGAGUCCCGGGCUCGCUUGAACGAAACCAAUUUGAGCAUCCUGGCUGAUUGGGUACGGCCGUACCGGGAACGCUAUGUAGCGAAGAUCUGCUACAACCUCCUGGUCUGCGGUGUCCCGCCGUCCAUUGAAAAUUACAACGCCCUCAUACUGGGCUUUGCGCGGCUUGGCGAGCAUGCCCUGGCGCAGGCCGUUGUAGAUUCCUUCCUUUACAAGAGCCAUCUGAAACCGACAGAGGGGACGUUCUUGUGCUUGUUGCAUCACUACCGGCUGAAGAAGGACAUUGUUGGCUUCUGGGGUCUCCUUCGACGUCUCUUCGGCCACGAUCCCCGGGGAAUUGGGCUACGACGCAGGACGGGCGAGGAGAUAAGACGAAUUGACAAUUUUCGCCGCUGGGCCGAGGAGACAGGCGUUACGGCAGUGAACGGUUACUUUGUGGAACGUGCAGAGCUUACCCAGAACCUUGUCGAGGCCAUGAUGGAGGGCUUGAUAGAUUUCCGCAUGCUGCGCGAGGCCGCGAAGCUUGUUGUCAUCUGUCUCCAGGAGGGGUGGCAGGUCGGCUCGGAACUUCUAGCGAGGUUGUUCUAUGCGUGCAUCAACUCACUGGAUGCGUCGGCUGCAAGAAUAUUGAUUCAGGGUCUCCUCGACAAUAUAGGUCAAGCUUCAUGCAUGAUUCUCGGUCCUGGAGCUGUUGAACCAUCUAUGGUUAGGCAGUUGCGCCACCUUCUCAACAUCUGUCAAGCAACCUCGCUUCCCGGUACGGCGGAGUUCCAUCCCUGGCUUUGGGCCGGCCCUUCCUCGAGCACCAGGCUCAGGCACCUCGCCACGGCCAUCUGGAUUCGAGAAACGUGGAACAACAGCCGCAUCAUGACAUCCAGAUUGAAGAGGGCAAAGCAAGCACUCCACGAGCAGCGACCACUGAGCUCACGACUCAACCUUGCGCUUGCGGUGCUCGACUUUGAGGCCGAUCGCCCGAUGCGGAAGCUGGAAAACACCGAACUCGUUCAGCGUAUGGCCAAAAUCGCCUGGCUAGAGUCGCAAUGCGAGGCUGCAGCGAGGAAGAUCGUCGAGGCAGAAACGGACAUAUGCAACGUGCUGGCCCGACGGGUGCCGAAAGAACUACGGACAUUUUUCGACUUCAAUCCCAAGGUCGCGAUACAGAAGCGGAUCAAAUCCUUGUUGAGAUUCUGGACCCCAGGGACAAAGCAACAUCAAAUGGCUGAAUGCUACGCCAGAAGCCGAGAGAUCGAGACGGAGUUGAAGGUUGCUCUUUUAGUGGCCCUCCCGACCGACUUGGCCAAACCCGUCUUAGCCACACAGAAUAACACAGGAGACAUUAGCUUGGGCAAGAUACUGGUUCAUUUUGAACGAUAUCUGAUGUCAUUCAAGCAUAAAGGGCAGAAGCAAGCGGAAACGGCGCCUCAAAGAGACCCGUUCUCCCAACUGUUGGAGAAACUGCCAAAGCCGACUAUCCGGUUCUGGCCGCAAGCGCCAACAACAGGCGCGGCGGCAUCGGAACAAAAAUGGUGAGCGAGGCUCAAACAUACCUAUGAAUACAUUAUGGAUACCAAUGCUCCGUAUACGUUGUACGACUAUCAUAGAGAAAGCCUCCAGAAGGCA